AUGAGCACGGAUAGGAGAAUGGCUGCAGAAAACUCUUCCUCUGUGACAGAGUUCACCCUUUCAGGCUUAAGAGAUCAGUCAAGACUCCAGAUGCCGCUCUUCUUCCUGUUUCUAAGUUUCUAUGUGGUCACUGUGGUGGGGAACUUGGGCCUAAUAGCUUUGAUUGGGUUGAACUCUCACCUACAGAUUCCAAUGGACAUCUUCCUUUUCAACCUGUCUUUCAUAGAUUUCAGUUACUCCACUACCAUCACCCCUAAAAUACUCAUAGGUUUUGUCUUAAAGAAGAACAUAAUUUCCUAUGCUGAGUGUAUAACUCAAUUCUUUUUCUCCUGUUUCUUUGUCUUUUCUGAAUCCUACAUCCUAUCAGCAAUGGCUUAUGAUCGUUAUAUGGCCAUCUGUAAACCACUGUUGUACAAGGUUAUUAGGUCUCCCCAAAUGUGUUUCUUCCUUUUGGCUGGCAUCUAUGGGAUGGGAGUUUUGGGGGCUGUAGCCCACUUGAGAACUAUACUGUUUGUAACCUUUCAUGCAGAUAGCCUGAUCAAUAUGUGUGACAUGAUUCCCCUCCUUGAACUAGCCUGUAAUAGCUCUUACAUACAUCUACUGGUGGUCUUUAUUGUUGUGACCGUUGACAUUGGUAUCACCAUUGUUACUAUUUUUAUUUCUUAUGGUUUUAUCCUUUCCAACAUUCUCCACAUUAGCUUAUCUGCUGGCAGGUCCAAAAAAGCCUUCAGAACCUGCAGUUCCCAUAUUAUUGUGGUAUCUCUUUUCUUUGGGUCAGGAGCUUUUAUAUACUUCAAACCACCUUCUAUUUUGCUGCUGGACCAGGGAAAAGUGGUAGCCAUGUUCAACCCAUUAAUCUAUAGCCUGAAGAAUAAGGAUGUCAAAAUUGCCCUGAAGAAAACCUUAAGUAGAAAUGUCUUUUCUUGA